GAGUCAGCUCAGUCCGUUCACACUCUAGCGGAAAAUGCACUCCGCAGCCCUUCGUAUUCUUAUUAUUUUUUGUUUGCCACAGUGCAGCCGAAAUGUUUUAGUUCUUUAAAGUGGCUCCAGAAAGUACAAGUCAAACCGUUUGCGACCAAGAAACGCACUAGUGUGGUCCUACAGCAAAAUGGGCGAAUUCUUCAAGUCGCUUAACUUCAACUAUUUCUCCUCCAGCGAGGGAGCUCCAUCUGCCAACGGGGCUGCAGGAGGCGUAGCAGCAGGUGCCCUCGGGGGCAGACUGGACAACGAUUUCGUGGGCCAGGUCGUCGAGGUGGCUGGUCACAGACUGCGCAUCAAGUGUGUCAUAGCGGAAGGCGGAUAUGCCUUUGUGUACGUCGCCCAAGAUGUGCAAACUGGAACCGAGUACGCCCUCAAGCGUCUGCUCGGUGCUGAUCAGCAGUCCUGCACUGCCAUAAUCAACGAGAUCGGCAUCCACAAACAACUCUCGGGGCACCGAAAUAUAGUCGAAUUCGUGGGCUCCAGUUACACUGCCCCGUCUGCACAGCAAGGGGCACAGUAUCUGCUACUCACGGAGCUGUGCAAAGGCGGAUCCCUGGUGGACUGCUUUAAAGCAAAUAAUGCUGCCAUCGAUCCACCUUUGGUGCUGCGCAUCUUCUACCAAAUGGCGCAAGGCGUGGCCUGCCUGCAUUCCCAGUCGCCGCCGAUCGCCCAUCGAGACAUAAAGAUCGAAAACUUCCUUAUUGGCAACGACAAGCAGAUCAAAUUGUGUGACUUUGGCUCCUCCACGAAGGAGGAGCUCUCUCCCACGUUUGAGUGGAGUGCCAACCAGCGAAACAUGCUAGAGGAUCAGCUGAAUACCGUGACUACGCCAAUGUACCGGGCCCCAGAGAUGCUCGAUACUUGGUCCAAUAACCCCAUCGGUCCCAAAGCGGACAUCUGGGCUCUCAGUUGUAUCCUCUACUUCUUGUGCUACCGCAGGCAUCCUUUCGAGGAUGGCGGCAAGCUGCGAAUCAUCAACGCCAACUAUAUACUUCCUCCUGAUCCUCAAUACCAGAGCUUCCGAGAUAUCAUCAGGGGCUGCUUCAAAGUGAACCCAGGCGACCGCCUGGACAUCUCGAUGGUGCUCGAACGCCUCGCAGCCAUCGCGGAAACAAACAACUGGUCGCUCAAAGGGCCUCUAGAUCUGCGUGGAAUUCCUAUCGAAUCAUUACCGAUUGAGAGCCCCGCUCGAAAAAAUUCAGUUAAUUCAGAGUUUUACACCGAAUCGUAUGGUACCAGUCCGCACACAGCGUCCCCCGCCGUCGCCGCUUCCUCCUCCAGUAAUGGACACGGAAGCUUGCUGUCAUCGCUGCGUGGCGGAGCUGGAACGUUGUUUAAAAACAUUAAGGAUACAUCGACCAAAGUGAUGCAGACAAUGCAGCAAUCAAUCGCACGCACCGAUCUCGACAUUAGCCACAUUACCUCUCGGAUUCUGGUUAUGCCCUGUCCAUCUGACGGAUUUGAGUCGGCGUACAAGACAAACAACAUCGAAGACGUUAGGCUUUCUUUGGAGAGUCGUUUCGCUCCUAACAAAUUAAGCAUUUACAACUUUGGUCAACGCACAGUGCCACGGCUUCCGCCCCCUGUUCGAACUGUUGAGGCAGGUUCCGUCUAUGGGUGUCCGCAGGCUCAUGCUCCCAAUCUCCAGGACCUUUUUACCGUGUCAGCAGAUAUAUAUAAUUUCCUCAACGCGGACCCGAAAUCAAUUGUGAUUGUGCAGACAGGAGACUCGGGUGGGUGCACUGCCGCCACAGUCAUCUGCGCUCUACUCAUGUAUGCGGACUUGCUGCAGGAGCCGGAAGAUGCCGUGCAGGUUUUCGCCGUAAAGCGCCACACCAUAAACCUGCGUCCCUCUGAAUUUCGCUACCUGUACUACUUCGGUGACAUCCUACGCCCCACGCCCCUGCUGCCACACUACAAGAACAUAAAUCUUGUGUCCCUUUGUUGCCAGCCUGUUCCCAAAAUGACCAAGUCGCGCGACGGAUGCCGGAUUUACAUGGAAGUAUAUUGUAACGAGAACCUAUUGCUUAGCACACUGCAGGAAUAUGAAAAGAUGCGAUUACACCAGGCAGUGGCCGGAAAAAUAGUGUUGCCGAUCAAUUUGACCGUCUGUGGUGAUGUGACUGUGGUGUUGUACCACGCCCGAAAGGGAAUGGUGCGACCACAAGGCCUUAAGAUAUGUCAAUUUCAAAUAAAUACGGGAUUUAUCCCUGAACCAGAAACGCUGAUUACGUUUACAAGCCAGGACCUGGAUGACCUGCCAGAUCCUGAACAAGUGGCUCCGAGUUUCUGCGUGUCGCUCUCGCUGGCGGUGACUGACUCGGAAACCCUUCCCAGCCACAGGCCGCCAUGGAUGCCGGCAAAACCCAUGCGAUCGCCAGCCGCUCUGUUCAGCUCGGAUCUGGAAUUCGCAGAAAUGCUGGACAAUUUUGUGACAAAGCCCACCACGCGUGCGUUGCCACCGCUUGGGCUGCGAAAGAGUGAUUGCUCCAGCUCUCCGCACGUUUUGCCGGAUGUCACAGAAAUUGCCCAUGAACCUACGCCUGUGCCAGAGCCUUCUCCGCCCAUUGACCUGCUAAACCUGAACCAGCAGCCUAGUGACGCGCCGGCGGCCGAUCCUUUAACUAGCGCUAAGCCCAGCACAGAUGCUAGCUUUGACUUGUUAGGGGCCUUUGGCGAUGAUGACUGCACGGGUAUAGGCUCUGCGCCGAUUCCCGACAUCCUUCCACCACCGCCACUGCAGCAUCCACCGUCGAGAAUCAACACUGACCCGUUCGACAUAUUUGGCUCUGUGGACCAAGGCAACGCAGCCAGCAUUAAGCCAUCGGCUGGACCAGACCUUCCACCAUUUGUUGGCUCCCUGCCAACUUUUGUAACUAACCCCGCGGUCACUAAAACUGAUGCGUCACCAUCGCAGCCUCCUAAGGCAUCUGCAGAUCCCUUUGCUGACAUCGCCAACCUGGCUUCAGGACUCAACAUAACUUUUAACCGGAGCACCCUGAGUGGAAAGUCUCCUGUCGGCACUAGUCCCCAGCCGACUCAGUUCUCUAGCCCAACUCACCGGCCGUCCCCAUCCUCACAGCCCCAGGGGACGUAUAUGCAGACACCAACACAACAACAUUCUCAGCCGACGAUGUCUGCCAGGCCAACGCCGCAGUCACAGUCAGUACCUGCCCAACCGCGUCCGGACUACAGUCGAGUCCACUUCGAUUCACAGAAGCCAGCACAGCAAGCGGGUGGUGGUGGAACCAAGAGCUCCGACAUAUUUGCAGACAUUUUAGGCCAACAAGGCUACUCCUUCGGCAGCAAAAUGAAUCAGGGUCCGCGGUCCAUCAACGAAAUGCGGAAGGAAGAUUUGGUUAGAGAUAUGGACCCCAAGAAAGUGCGAAUUAUGGAAUGGACCGAUGGAAAGAAAAACAACAUCCGUGCGCUCCUGUGCUCCAUGCACACCGUACUGUGGGACAACGCAAAGUGGAACCGCUGCGAAAUGUCCACCAUGGUGACCCCGACUGAGGUGAAGAAGGCAUACCGCCGCGCCUGCCUGGCAGUACAUCCUGACAAGCACAAUGGAACAGAGAACGAGGAGAUUGCCAAGCUCAUUUUUAUGGAACUGAACAAUGCAUGGACAGAUUUCGAAAACGAUGCCACGCAGCAAAAUAUGUUCAAUGCGUAAAACGCGUCCUAUACCUGUAUAUUUAAGGCAAUUAGCCGUAAUUAUCGUAUUCUUAGCGAAAUCUAGUUUAAAUUCAUGUAAGAGUGUAAGCUUUAAUCUGUAACGUCAAAGUAUUGGCUAACGUCACCAUCUGCGCAGGCAAUUUAGAUAGCCCAAAAAAAUUCCUUUGAAAUUCUGAACACUCAAGGACAUUUUACUUAAUUUGUAUACCAGCAAUGCCAAUUCCAACAUUCCUAUACCAAUGUAGAAAAUCCAAGUACUCAGACCGCGGUGAUUAUCGACUAAAAUGGCCGGGAGAUUACACGCCUUAUCCAUCAUCCCAUAGAAAUCGAUAUUUCGUAUAUAAAAAUAUAUACUCUUUAUUCGCAGCAAUAAGAUUAAUUACGAUAUGUCCUUGACCCAUUUAUAGCCAAUAUGUGAUUAAACUAUAAAUUGAUGGAUAAUAAGAGUUUAUGUACAUAACUUUUCAGAGUAUAAAAUGUAAAACUAAAUGUAGUUUUACUUUUUAAAAGUUCAACUGUACAUAAGAAAAGAAUAUGGGAGGUUAACUAAAAGCUAAAAUCCGUUUCAGCAUUUAAUGUUUGUCGCUAUAAAAAUAAAAUAUCCUUACGUUUUCCUGUGAGAUGACGCUGUUGAAA